AUGAAACGAUAUGGGCUUCACAUAUAUGGGUUCGUAUGUCGGCCCACUGAUGUCUCCGUCUCCUCGGAAUUUAUUUCCCGUCUUAAUGCCCCCGUCUUUUCUUCUUCUCUGUUCCGUUGCAGAACAAAAUCCUCAAACGACUCUUCUUCCUAUUAUCUUAAAACCCUGAACCUUCAGUCCGAACAGAUCUUCCCUCGCUUCGCAACGCAUCUUCCUUAUAGAUACUCGCCGAGAUCAACCGAUGGCUCCGAAAGCUCUUUCUACUUCUGCCCAGCCCCAGACUUUCAAGGUCCUUGA